AUGUUCGUCCUAGAUCCUCGCACCCUCUUCACUAUCCCAUACGUUGCCCAGCACCUGUGGAGCCUGCGGCCAUCAUCCUCCCGAUACUUUUUGUUCCACAGUUCAUAUCUCACCACAUCAGAGAUUUCAUCGUCGAACUGCUCUAAGAUUUGGUGA